AGUGAAACAACAUUAUUAAUAUAAUAAUAAUAAAUGAAUAAGUGACACGUAAUCCUACAGAGAGUGCGAAACUAUUUCACCAUGUGGUCCAUUUUGAUAUUGUUAGUUUUCUCAAUAAUUUCUUUUCUUAUAACGGACGAACUAAUACCUAAGUUGAAGGACUUGUUCAUAAAUGCCGGUUUAUAUGGCAUUGAUAUGUGUAAAACUAGUAAAAACAAAGUCCCUGAGGCAAUAGGAGUGGUAUCAGGAUGUAUAUUCCUGGUUACAAGUGUUUUGUUAAUUCCCAUAGUGUUUGGAUAUGCACUUAUGGAUAGGGAACAUUUUCCUCACAAUGAAUUUGCAGAGUUCCUAGCAGCAUUACUCAGCAUCUGUUGCAUGCUGCUCCUUGGCUUUGCAGAUGACGUCCUAGACUUACGGUGGAGAUACAAACUGCUGCUACCAACAGUGGCAUCAAUGCCUUUACUUGUUGUCUAUUAUGUCAACUUUAAUUCUACUACUUUUAUUGUGCCAAUUCCUUUUAGACAAUGGUUGGGAGUUUCAGUAAAUAUUGGUGAGUUUUUUAUUUUAUUAUAUGGUA